AUGUCAUUUGAGGAUGUCACUGUAGACUUUACCUGGGAGGAGUGGCAGGGCCUGGAAGAUGCUCAGAGGAUUCUAUACAAGGAUGUGAUGCUGGAGACCUACAGCAACCUGGUGUUUUUGGGACACUGCAUUGCCAAACCUGCAGUGAUCUUGAAGUUGGAGCAAGAAGGAGAGCCAUGGGCAUUAGAAGAACUUCCCAACCAGAGCCUCCCAGGAGAUAAACCCUAUGAAUAUAAACAAUGUAAGAAAACCUUUUCCCAGAAUUCAGACCUCACCGUACAUCAGAGGAGUCACACAGGAGAGAAACCCUAUGAAAAGAAACGAUGUGGAAAAAUGUUCUACAUGAAGUCACACUUCACUGUGCAUCAGACAACUCACACUGGAGAGAACUCCUGUGAACGUGAGCAAUGUGGAAAAUCUUUCAGUUCCAAAUCAGUUUUGAAUAAACAUUGGAAAACUCACACAAGAGAGAAAUCCUAUGAAUGUGAGCAAUGUAGAAAAAUGUUCUCCUGGAAGUCACACCUGACUAUGCAUAGGAGAACUCACACAGGAGAGAAACCCUAUGAAUGUGAGCAAUGUAGGAAAACAUUCUCCUGUAAGUCACAAUUCAUUAUGCACAGGAGAAUUCACACAGGAGAGAAACCAUAUGAAUGUGAACAAUGUAGGAAAACAUUUUCCUGGAAGUCAUACCUCACUGAGCAUUGGAGAACUCAUACAAGAGAGAAGCCCUAUGAAUGUGAACACUGUAGGAAAAUGUUCUCCCGGAAGUCACACCUCACUGAGCAUUGUAGAACUCACAAAGGAGAGAAACCCUAUGAAUGCGAACAAUGUGGAAAAGCAUUCUCCAGCAAGGGAUACUUCACUGUACAUAAGAGAAUUCACACAGGAGAGAAGCCCUAUGAAUGUGAACAUUGUAGGAAAACGUUCUCCUGUAAGUCACAACUCACUAUACAUAGGAGAACUCAAACUGGAGAGAAACCAUAUGAAUGUGAACAAUGUAGGAAAACAUUUUCCUGGAAGUCAUACCUCACUGAGCAUUGGAGAACUCAUACAAGAGAGAAGCCCUAUGAAUGUGAACACUGUAGGAAAAUGUUCUCCCGGAAGUCACACCUCACUGAGCAUUGUAGAACUCACAAAGGAGAGAAACCCUAUGAAUGCGAACAAUGUGGAAAAGCAUUCUCCAGCAAGGGAUACUUCACUGUACAUAAGAGAAUUCACACAGGAGAGAAGCCCUAUGAAUGUGAACAUUGUAGGAAAACGUUCUCCUGUAAGUCACAACUCACUAUACAUAGGAGAACUCAAACUGGAGAGAAACCAUAUGAAUGUGAACAAUGUGGGAAAACCUUAUCCAGCAAAGGAAACCUCAUUGUACAUAAGAGAACUCAUACAGCAGAGAAACCUUAUCAAUGUGAGCAAUGUAGGAAAAUGUUCUCCCGGAAGUCACACCUCACUGAGCAUUGUAGAACUCACACAGGAGAGAAACCCCAUGAAUGUGAACACUGUGGGAAAGCAUUCUCCAGCAGGGGAUACUUCACUGAACAUAAGAGAAAUCACACAGGAGAGAAACUCUAUGAAUGUGAACAAUGUAGGAAAAUGUUUUCCCAGAAGUCACACCUGACUUUUCAUCAGAUAACUCAUACAGGUGGGGAGAAGCUUCAUGAAUGUAGGGAGUAUAGAAAAUCUUUCAUUUAUAAGUCAGCACUCAAUGUACAUCAGAGAAUUCACAAAAGAAAAAUGCUGUGA